AUGGGCAAAGCCAAACGCAAACAUGAAGAUAUCCAAGAGGUGCUCGACCGCCCGUGGUGCUACUACUGCGAGCGCGACUUCAACGACCUCGUGAUCCUAAUGUCGCACCAGAAAUCCAAGCACUUCAAAUGCUACGUCUGCAACCGUCGCCUCAACACCAUCGGCGGCCUCUCCGUCCACAUGAGUCAAGUGCACAAGGAGAAGAUCGACACGGUAGAGAAUGCGCUCGACAACCGCAAGGAUAUCAACGUCGAGAUUUUCGGCAUGGAGGGCAUUCCCGAGGAGAUUAUGUACGCGCACAAGCAGCGUCUGACCGAGGCGUAUUUUCGUAAGGAGGCGGAGCGUCGGGCGGCGACGGGGAAUCCGCCUCCUGGGGGUGGUGGGCAGGUGGCUAAGAGGCAGAAGGUUGAGGAGACGCCCGAGCAGCUCAAGGCGCGUUUGGCGGAGCACAAGGCGAAGAGGGCCGCGGAGAAGUUGGGUCUGACUGCGACUGGUAGUGGUGGUAGUACCCCACAGCAGCCGGUCGUGACUCCAGGCAACGUCGAUUUCGACGCCCCAAUGCCGCCCUACACUGCGAACGGCACGUCGCCACCUCCAAGCUACGGCUAUGGUCAGCCGGCUCCAAUGCAGGGCAUCGCGACCUAUCCAGCUGCGUCACCCAAUGGUCUGCCGUCCGCGUAUCAGUCUUGGCCUGUAGGCUCUCCUGCUCAACCUUUCCCUACGCCGUACCCGCCACCUCAAUCCCCGUAUGGCUUCCAGCCUCAAUCCACCUACGCACCUGAUCCAUAUCAGCAGCAGUCGGCGUCACCAUGGGUUCCACCACCAGGCCCUCCAGCUCUUGGUCCAGCUAUGAAUAUGGUUCUACCUCCACAACCAACAGGUCUCAGCCACCCAUCAAAUUCAUACCAGCAGCAGUCGGCGACACCAUUCACUCAUCAAACCACGAACACGGCUCUGCCUCCGCCACCGACAGGUCUGCCACAGCGUCCAUCUUUCAACCCACCUAACCUCAGCAAGGAGGAUAUGGCCAAGAUGCACACGGGCCAGAACAUGCCGCCAGGCGUUCCUCAUGCCCCGCAGCCUGUACGCCAAUCUCCUUCAGGCUAUGGGCCACCGCACACCAACAACUUCGCCACUUCCGGCUCUGGCAUGUCGGAGCUCGAUCGUGAGCGCCUGAACGAUGGUAUUCAAGAUAUGAUUGACGAGGCGACCAAGCAGGGCACGUACGCGUCUCAACCCGUCAUCAAGCAGGAGCCGGAUAUCGAGCAUGAGCCGGGUAUGGCACAGGAGCCGCGCAUCAAGCAGGAGCCGGGCAUUGAGCAACAUCCUAAUGAUGGCCGUGAGUACUCCAUCGGCCCCACCAACCAUGCUUUUGGGUCAGCUCACCCAGAUCCCUCGACUUCUUCUUCCAUCGGUGGAGCAUUCGAGUACGCUCGACGUCCCUCCAACGGCGAUGUCGCCCUCAUUUCAUCCUCACCAAUUCCUACAGGUCCCGCCGCUGUGAGGGCCUGGCACUCGAACCCUUCAGCUCCACGCCGCGGCUCACGGGGUUCCAACCCAAGCAGUCGUAGAGGCUCGUGGUCAUCCAACCCUACAAGCCGUAGGAACUCUCACACCUACGUCCCGGGCGCCCCGACAGCCCCUGCAGCUAUUCGCCGCAACUCAAACCCAUCUGUUCCAUCAAGUCCUGCGGCUAAACCAGCAUCAAGCUCUGCAAUCCCGCCGGCGCCUGAAGCGGUCAUUCCACCAACUGAACCCCCAUCGGCCUCAGAAGCCGCGACUUCAACAACCACGUCGCGUCCGAGCAAGAAGUCGUCGGCCAAGAAGGAAGCUAAGAGCACCCUCGACCCCCGCCUCACCUACUCCGACCCGAUCCUCGGCACCGAAGAAUUACUAUAUGACGACCUCCCCAAGUUCAAUUUCGAUAGGCUCGAGAAUGAUAGCUUGGAGGCGCAAAUGAUGGCUGCGGCGCACGCGCGUGCGAAUGGCGCGACUGUAGGCGAUUCCGCGGCUUAG